AUGGGUCGUCUCUCCAAUGACAUGCUGCAAAAUCGAAUUGAUAAGAUCAGCUGUGCUUCAAAGGAUUUGAGUGUUGUUUAUGAAGAGUUGCGCCAAACUGCUAUUCCAGAUAGUGAUACUCGCCGCAGAAUAGACACUUGUGGAGCAGUCAUGAAGAUGAGAGUCUGCAUGGAGUCAUCUAGAGUACUCGUUAAGGAACAACCACUCACUAGAAGAGGAAUCCUAUCCACUAUGGCUUCGGUAUAUGACCCACUUGGCUUUGCAGCACCCUUCAUUCUCAUUAGUAAGCAAAUACUACAGAAGAUGUGUCAUGAAAAAGUUGGUUGGGAUGAGCCACUUCAGGAUUACCUGCGGCCACAGUGGGAAUCUUGGCUUUUAGGUCUUCAAAACCUGGCUGAUGUGAAGAUCCAACGUUGUUAUUUACCAUCAACCUUCAAGGAUGUCCAGCGCUAUGAGCUUCAUCAUUUCUCUGAUGCUAGUGCUUCAGGUUAUGGAGAAUGCACAUAUCUCAGGGCUAUCAAUACCUCAGGAGAAGUUCACUGCUCCCUACUUAUGGGCAAAGCUAGAGUGGCUCCUACUAAGGUUAUGACUAUUCCCAGACUAGAGCUAUUAGCUGCAGUAGUAGCUGUACAAACAAGUGAUUUACUGAGGAAAGAACUAGAAAUAGAUGACCUACAAGAAUACUUCUGGACCAAUUCAAAGGUUGUCCUUGGAUACAUUAACAAUGAUGCCAGAAGAUUCCAUGUCUUCGUAGCUAAUCGUAUUCAAUGCAUCAAGCAAAGUACAGACUCUAAACAAUGGAGGUAUGUGACCUCUGAAGAGAACCCUGCUGAUUACGCAUCCAGAGGCCUUACAGCAGAAGAUCUCAUGACUUCCAACUGGUUAACAGGACCAAAGUUUCUUUGGCAAAGGGAACUGCCUGGAGAUGUCAAGGUGGGAGAGAUCAUAGCCAAUGACCCAGAGCUUUGA